CGACAUUGAACUUUAAAGCACUGUGAACGAUGUACUUUAGAAGAAAGCAGCCAGGCAGCCUGUUCCACGAGAGCAUCACCGGCACACACCUGAAAACGGACACAUUUGUCACCUUUAACCUGAUGUCACCCGAUGGCUGCUGCUAUGUUGAACAGGACAGCUUUGAGCAGAGGUGUUACUGCCUACCGCCUCAGUAAAAAUGUCACUUUUUAUGUGAAUGAGAUGGCAUCUCCUGUGUCAGGAUGUCAGACCAAAGCCACUGAAGAUAUUAAACCUGUGACACUAAUGCUGCCAUGGUUUGGAUCACGGCCACAAGCUGUGGCAAAGUAUUGUGAAAUCUACUUCCGCACCGGCUUUGAUGUGCUUGUAGUGGAGAGUGAGGUGCAAGACUUCAUGUGGCCUCGCUGGGGACUGGAAAAUGGGAAAAGGUUACUGGAGUUGCUCAACAGUGAACGUUUUGUGUCCCGCCCACUGCUUGUCCAUGCCUUCUCCAUCGGUGGCUACACAUUUUCUCAACUGCUGGUUCAUGUGUCCAAGGACACACAGAAAUAUCAGGAGUUCACAAAGAGGAUCAAAGGCCAAGUCUACGAUAGCCUGGUGGUCGGCACUAUAGAGACGAUGGCUGUAGGUCUUGGUAAGACUGUAUUUCCACGUUUGGAGACACUAGUGAAACAAGUAAGCCUGCUAUACUUUCGAAUGUUCAAACGGCAAACAGUGGACUACUUUAACAUGGGCAUCGAUGCGUUUUGGAACAGUCCUGUCACUGUUCCUGCACUGUUCUUCUUUUGCAAGAAUGAUACACUAAGCAACGCACAAGCUUUGGAAGAAUUGAUUGAUUUCUGGCAGAAGCGCGGUAUUGAUAUAACAGCAAAAAAGUGGGAGGAUUCAACACAUGCAGGUCACAUAAAGAGGCACCCACAAGAGUAUGUGACCACCCUAGAUAUGUUCCUCCAUUCACUCCACAUCACCCCUUUGAAGGCAAAGAUGUGAAAGGGCUUCAGCCUAAUCUAAUAUCUUGAAAUCGUCUAUUUUCUUUGAGUAACUGGAAA